CAACAUGUCGCCACUGGAUAUUGUGUUGCUCCUGGUCGGUAUCCACCACGUAAUUGGCAGUGACUUUUCGGUUAUAAGUUCGGAGUUCAAGCAGUGUGUUCGCGGAUCUCAACAACCCAAGCUAAGCGAAUGUCUGGGACGGUCAGCCUUGAACUUUAUCCAGAGAUUGGAUGAGAGCGAUAACAUCCGGUUCGUGGACGAUUUUGUGACUGUCAAAAGUGAAACAGCCGCAGUUAGAUCUCUGGCAAAUGUGCUCGACACAGAUCCCGUGGAUUUUCGGGGCAUUCUGGAGAACGCGGGCGCCGUGAUGGGCCAACGAAGUCUCGAGUGGCAUAUGGAUGGCCUCUAUCCUGGUUUGAUGUUUAAAAUUGGACCCACAGCGGAUGCGAACAGUGUGGCGGAGUUCGUCCUUGAUGGAGCCGGGCAGGGGGAGCGACAAUUCGGAUACGAGGAUCCCACAACUGGUCGCGUGUUGGCCAAGCAGUAUUUACUGCCCUUUCUUUUGGGCCUGAAGUUCAAUCUAGUGGCUCUGGUUCCCCUGCUAUUUGCAGGCAUAUGUCUGCUGCUUAAGAAGUCAUUGUUUUUGGUAAAGUUGGCGAUUUAUGUGAGCAGCUUUUUGGGACUAGGUGGAAUCAUGGGCUCGUUGGGAGGGUUAGGAGGCUUAGGUGGGUUGGGCGGUGGUUUUGGAGGCGCUAAUUUCGGCAGCUUUGGUGGCUCGAACUUUGGUUUCAGCGGCUUUCAUGGACACCGACCAGUGGGCCAUUUUCCUGGUAAAACAACGGUAUUUGGCCAAGGCCAGGAUGAGCUCCACCACCAGUACGAUGUGCACGAGACGUCACCAUAUCGUCGCAGUGAGCGAAAGGUAAGAUUUGAGCAGCCUCGAGGAGCAGAUACGCCGCUCAAAACACCGCCAACCAACCCUAAACCAACCACCCAAGACCGCUUCUACGACUUUGAAAACCAACGCAGGCCAACUAACAAACUAUUGGCAGCCAGUGUGGAGCAGGAGGGCGAACUUCUGAUGAGAAACUUUCAGGAUCCCCAUGGAAUGGAGGGCUGGCAGGCGGUGGACGUGAGAUCGCUGUAG